AUGGCAAACUCUGUUAUAAAUAAUUCUUCUGAACCUGAAACAAUAUAUCUCAAUCCCAAAAAAACAAUCAAUAACCACACACUUAACAAAUUAGGUGCUGAUUUUUCUCUUGGUGCAAAAUUCACUCCACGUACGCUAAGCAAUAUAGCAUGUUAUAUUUUCGCAAAGGAGCCAAGAGAAAAAAAGGAAAUAGUUUAUCAGGAGGAUAGAGAAGUGUAUACAUGUACGAUGUUUCAAUAUAAAGAAUCAAGGAUAUCUAUUAAUCCUAAAACUGAUGAAAUUGAAAAUGAAUCAGCAAAUUUUUUAAACAUCUUUAAAGUCUGGGAACUUUCAAGAAUUCUUUAUUUUCAAGAAUUUGAUGAAGUAGGAUAUUUGGCUAGUGAUUUGAUGGAUUGGUUAAACAUAUGUGAUCCAUUUCGUGUCUCGCCCGAUCAAGAAUUCAUUAAUUUCGAAGAAUAUAAUCCUGAACAUCAUGAAGAUCCAUACUUUUGGAAAUGUGUAUUCAGGUAA